AUGGGGAUCGUACAAUCCUUAUUUUGUGCUAUGACAUUUUGUGUGGAAAGAAUCCUGACCUGGAUUUGCUGCGCUUUCGUCCUGAUAGUGCUUAUGUUCGCCAUACUAAUGCUGAUGGUGUACGGCAUAUCAGUGGGCUAUCACUACGCACAGAAAGAAUUAACUGAUUUCGCUUACGUCGCAAGAGCCGGACCGGAUGAAAUGUCCAACUUGCCUGCCAGAUCUGGGAAUAUGCCUGAAGAAGAAGGUGGUCAGGCAAACGAACCACGCCCAUUAAUUGAACCUUACCAGACAGAAAAGCCUGAACAGCAUUCUUACAAGCGGUUACAAGGAACGCCAAUCGUCCUUCUUGCGACUGAGAGGUCUCAAAAAGGGCAUGACGCACUAUCUCGUGAGAGUGUAUUGGCGCGCAAAGUCAUAGGUCGUUUCCGUCGCUCCCGCAACAAUAUACCGCCGCAGUCAUCGCCUUUUCCUAAGUCAAUGAAGCAACCAAACAGCAUCAGCAGAUCACGUGGUAAAACAAUAGCAUUUGAAUGA